GAGUUCUGCAGCAAUUGGGAAUCGGCUGGCUUUCAACCAUGGCAUGAAGUUGAUCGGCCCUGCAGGAGCGUAGAGAGGGCGAAAUGGGCAACAACCACACUGCGGACCGCCAUGGUGCCGUUAUCGACGAACACACGCUGGACUUCCUCCACAAAGCCGACAGAGAUGCCCUCCACACGUAUGCAGACCACACAGAAAUGACAUGAGGGAGGGGGAGCGGCAGUGAACAGGUGUGUGUGUCUGUGUGAUGUGUGCUUGUGUAUGUGUGCAGCCGGUCGGAGGUCGGCAGCCUCAGAGCCACGGCCCGUUUCCUCUGGGAAGUCGACUUCUCGGCCGCCGUCCUGAGCAACCGACUCAGUCGCUGCCUGGCGGCCAAGGGGCUGCACGCCAUCAUCGCAUUCGACGCUCAGCUGGACCGCCCUCUGCUGCUGAAGGCCAUCUGGCUGGUGGACACGCAGCAGUGGACCGAGGUGGCCAAUGCGCUGCAGUUGGCGAGGCAGCGCGGCUUCUGCCAGCUGCCCAUCACACUGGCUGUGGCCGACAUGCAGCGUCACGAUAGCAAACAGGUGGGCAGAUGA